AUGACUGCUCAGCUUUUCGAAAAGCACUCGCGCCAGCUAGACUGGCGUUUUGCCACCCAGCAAAGGAACGUACUUGUCGUGCUGAACAACGCGUCGGCACAUGUCAAUUUAGAUGACAUGGCAAGCAUCAAGCUGCUGUUCUUGCCGCCCAACACGACAGUGCUUGCCCAGCCCCUCAAUGAGGGCAUCAUCCACUCUGUGAAGCAGAUAUACUGGAAGAAUCUAUUGCAUAGAAUGGUGCUUGCCAUGGAUAGCAACAAGACCUACUCAAUAGACCUUCUGGGUGCCAUAGACCUGCUUAUACACUCCUGGAUGCAGGUCCUGCCUGCAACUAUGCAGAACUGCUUCACGCAAGCAAAAUUCGUUGUGCAUGAAGGUGGCAGCGACAAGGUUGAUGAAGACACUGAACACUGCGUGAGCCUUCUUGCGGAGAUACUUGAGCAGCAAGGUGAUGCUGCGGAGCAAGUGAAUGUUGAGACUUUCCGAGACGUCGAUGACGAAGUUGUUACAUUACCGGAGUUCUCGGAUGGCAACAUUGUUGCUGACAUCGCACCUCGACCAGCUUCAAGCAAAAGUGAUGAUGAUGAUGGCGAUGUGGAAGUGGACAACUGCCCCUCAUUAUCUGACGUGGUGCAUGCUUUGAGCAUCAUGUGA